AUGCCGAGCGACGAUCGGUUCGCCGACGCUGUCAAACCGGCGCUGGGUAAAACUUUAAAACUAUCUUUGUUUGGAAAUAUAAUUUUCAAAAAAACUCAUUUUUUUGCAAUGGGAAUGGCUCUAAACGCGUGACAGCUGGUUUCAAGAAGCGUCCGACCUAAAACGACUUACGCGCCUUGCUAUAGAAUAGUAUUAGAAAGACCUUCUAAAUACCUAUUCCAUUUACAACCGCGACGCUCAGAUCUAUUCCAGUGCAACCCUGGUGUUUGAAUUCGAAGCUAAUAAUCUAUAAAAAGUCCGGUAUUGAAAGAAAUUGACCGAUUUGAGGCCAUUUGCACUUUUUUUAAAACUAUAGAGGAUGUAUUAAUAAAUUAAAUAAAAAAAUUUUUUUAUAAAAAAAUUUUUGAAACGGGAAGGUGAGAUAGAGAAAAAAAGCUGACAUUAUCCAAUUCCUUAAUAAACUGUUUUUUUAGUAUUGAAAACUUUUCAGAAGCCCUUCUGUCGGACCUGCAGCACACGACAGAAGUCCUACGGAGGGCUAAUAUUUCUGACAGGUAAUUUUUUUGAUUUAAUUUUUGAAUUUGAGAGAAUCGAAACUGUUUUUUUAAGAUAUUCCGCCUCGCGAGAAGAUCUCGAGCCUAUCUACCAAGAACAAACAAGGCGUGCGGAUAGCAGGUUUUUUUUUUUGAUGAUUUACAUCAUUUGAAUAAAAUUUCAAUCUACAGACCAAAAUUUCACUUUCAAAAAAAAAUUGAGUGAAAAUUUGGAAUCUUUACAAUAAAAAAAGUAGUCAGUAGAAAUUUCAGAAAACUUCCAAGAUUUUCAAAAAAUCAAAAAAUCGAUGAAAACUCCUUUUAAAACCGCCAUUGUCCAUCACCUUUGUAUUAAUUGUUGCAUCCUUCUUAUAUUGUAUAAUCUUUAUCAUCCUCCACUAACAACUGUCGAUUUGCCGUUUUGAACGCGAGUUUCAGAACAGCUUCACAUUCUCACGAUCUAGACAAUGUCGAAAAAUUGGUGAAUCGAUAUUCAGAAGAGCGAGAACGGUUACGAAGUCAUGAGAACCUCCACAAUACAGGUAAUUCUUUGAAAUUCGAAAAAUGUCACUUUAGGAUUGAAAAUUCGAAAAAAAAAACCAAAAGAGUCGGAAAGUGACCAAAAAGUGACCAAAAGAGUCGGAAUCAAACGUAUAAUCAAACUAUUCUCCAGUGGCCAGCCAAAUAGCAUGCAAAAAUUAGAAAAUUCAGACGUCUAUGUUCCUUUUUUCAAUGUUAAGCUAGUGAAUGGAGUAUGAGCCUUUCUAUUUCAUACAUUUUUUUUUUCAGAAAAUGGCCGAAGAUCAAUGGAACGGCCUAGUGUACAUAGUUUAUUCACACAGUUGGAGGCGCCGGCUCCAAUUAACGGGUAUAUUCAGUUUUCUUUCAAAUUAUAGAGCCUGGUGUGAAAAUUCCCUUUUUUUUGUGUUCUAACAUUUGUGAGGAGUCAAGUUUGUUCCGUGAGGUCUCUGUUAUUGGCGGUGAAAAACAGAGAGAUCCAGUUAUUUUCGACUGACUUUGGCUUAAAUUAUUUGUAUUUCGAAUAAGUAUCAGAGGAGAAUAACAAAAUAAUUGAAAAAAAGAAAAGUACAAAAAUCAACAAAUUAUUUCGUCAGAACUUUUGAAAAAAAAAACGAAUUGAUCAACUAGUCGUUUAAAAAAAUUUAAAAGCCUGGAAUCGUAUUUUUGGAGUUUAAAAGUAAAUGAUACAAUCCAUUUGCCAUAAUUUGGACAAAUCAGAUACUUUUUAAGCUUGGGACUGCCAAUUUCAAACUCAAAAAAAUUUGGGACUGCCACUUUAAAACUCAAAAAGUUUGGGACUGCCAAUUUCAAACUCAAAAAAAUUUGGGACUGCCAAAUUUAAGCACAAAAAAAUUUGGGACUGCCAAGUUUUAAACUCAAAAAAAUUUGGGACUGCCAAAUUUAAGCACAAAAAAAUUUGGGACUGCCAAAUUUAAGCACAAAAGUUGGGACUGCCAAAUUUUAAACUCAAAAAAAUUUGGGACUGCCAAUUUCAAGCAUCCAAUUCAAAUCAAAAUAUUUCAAAUUUGCUCGAAUUUUUGAACUCUCUCAGCUUUUUGACGAAGCUGUCUUAUUUAAACGCUAUUUCCACGUAAUUAUGGCCUCAAAGGUGAGGGAAAAGAGACGAAGACAGGUCAGACUAUUCAAAAUUAUGGCGAAUAGACUGUUUCACGAAGAGUAAACCAAAUAAUGUCUAGGUGAAAUUUGAACAAGGAAUCUAGAAAUAUUCCCUGCUAAAAAAAAACACCUUAAAAAUCCUAAAACGCAACACGCUUCGUUGCAAUUUUUUGCUUUUCCGUCACUCAAGCUGCCCUCUUAACUUGCCAGGAGUACGAGGAAAAAAACGCAAAAGAGUGAGAGAGCCAGGAAAAUAAAGAGUUCUGAGUCUUUAGUGGUUGGUUUGUCUUUGGGUGGAGCUUCUCCCUCACUUGCCAACUUGCAAGCCCAGGCGGCAGUCGUCACUGUACUACACUGUUAAUUAUCAACUGAUUUAUUGAUCUGAAAGAAAUCGAUAAAAUCAAUAAAAAUGAUGCGAGAACUGCAGCAACGCUUCGAUUCCUACAAUCAAAGUGCUUACAGCUCGCGGAAAUCGCUCGGACCCCCAAGCCAGGCUCAAUCCUACAAUGAUAUCGUGAGUUUUUUUUUCGAACUUUCAAGGUUUGUACCUUCGGGUUUUUGUGAUUCAAACCCAGUCAACCGUCUUAUUUUUGUACAAUAUUCCUUGUUAAUGUUUUUCAUCUUGUUUCGAGACUUUUUACAUGAAAAUAGCGCGUAAACACGAGAGAGUGCAAAGAAAUGAGAGGUUUCCAAGUCGUGGAUGACUAAUUUUAUUUGAUGCUCAAAACUGGAGGUCCCAAAAAUAAUUUCUUAUUUUGAAAUAUUUAAGUUUUUUGAAUUUUUCUUAACGCUGAAAAUCACUGAAAAUUAAAAAUGAAAGGCGAUUUUUCAAAUAUUUUCUACCCACAUUUCUAAAAUAAAAUUUAUCGAUUUUUGGAUUCUAACUUUUUGCAACAACUGAAUGUCAAAAAAACUCAUAGAAAAAAACGUUCAGUCCCUGAAUAAUUCUACAUUCUCUGUUCAUUGACAAAACUAUUAUUAUUGCUUGAACUGUGAGAGAUCUCAUAAAUUUAUCCUAUCCAUUGAAAUAAAAAUUCGAUAUUUUCCGGUUCUAUUAUCAAUCGUUUCCUUUGUUUUGUUCAAUGUAUAAAAAAAUAGAUCUGUUGAAUUUCUUUAAUUUUUUUGAUUCAUUGAACCUGGGAAAAUUUACCUUUUUAAAAAUUUAGGAUUUUUUUCUAGAUUCACUGCUAUAUUUUUUUAAUUCGCUUCGUUUUUCAAAAAAAUUUAAGAAAAAAACAUUUCUUUCUUAAAGGCAUAGGGGCAGUAAAAAAACGGUGUUUCAGUUCAAAGCAGUACUUUGUAGAGCUUUCCAUUGCGAAUCGAACGGUAAACUUGGGAACGUACUGAACUUCCUAGUUUUGAAGAAAAAAUAAUUCAAAAUCGGAGAAAGAAAAGCUUGAGUUCCCGCGAAAAGGCGCUUUGCAGUAAACACUAAGAAUAACUGACGAGAUAAACGCGAGCUCGGUGGCGGUACAUUGACUAACUCGCAAAAAUGUCGCUUUUUUCUAGGCGCGAUCCAGCAUUUCUCUCGGCGCGACCUCGCAUUUUUCUCGGCGCCAUCUCGCAUUUAUCUUGCAUUUCGGAAAUUUUCAAAUUGCGAGAGAAAUGCGAGCUCGCGCCUAGAAAAGUGCGAGCUGGCGCCCAGAAAAAUGCGAGACCGGCGCGAGAAAAAAAGCGAGAUGUUUGCGAGCUCGUCAAUGUACCGCCAGUGUCUCGCGUUUAUCUCGGCAGUUAUUCUUAGUGAAGUUGCUCUAUGGACAACAGGCUUCCCCGUUUUUCGGAUUUUCGCUCUUUUCUUCGUUUCUUUCAAUUUUAAAUUUUUUCUGUUGUCAUCAAAGUUCUUUCCGUCACAAAAGCUUUCUAUUCAUGUAUAAUUUGCAAACUUUGAUUGCAAAAAUGCUUCUUUGGUGAAAAAUGAUGAUUUUACGCAGGUUUCAAUUGGGAUAGCGUUGUUUUUGUGUUUUUCUUUAUUAUCAUUGUGUUUUUUCUGUUUUCUUAAUCGAUUUUUCAGAAACGAAACCCUUAAUUUGAAGCAGAAAGCCGGUUAUUUCUCACAAAAUGCGAGUCUAAUGAGACGUCCGCAACAUCGCGUGCACAGCUACUGUAAUCAGUUGUCUGAGCACCGAUCCAAAGCUUUUUUCAAAAUAAAAGGCGGGAAAGUGAAAUCGCGUUUUUCUUCUAGAGUUGUCACAUCUGUAAUUUUUUUGAGUACACUGUUGGAUUCGCAAAGAAAAACUGUAUAAGAUACUGCUUUCACCUGAAACCCCAUUUUUUACUGCCCCUAUGCCUUUAAGUAAAUCAAUUAAUCAUUCAUUGAUUAAUCAAUUAUUAAACUUGCUGAAACGAACUUCCACACAUUUCUUAAAUAUUAAGCUCGUUUAGAAACCGCAGAGCUGACUUCCAAAACCAAUUGUCAUCAAAAUCCAGGGGUCUUCUAAAUAUAAAUUAGAGCUAACAACUAUUUUUCCUUAAAAAAAAGCCAUUUGUCAUCAAAAAUCAUCAUUUCUCUGCUUAUUUCAAAAUCUCAAAGUCAACUUUUCGCGGAUAAAUAGUCGAAGACUGCUUGAAAACACGGUUUUGUUCGUUAUUCCAAGGAGAGUUUUAUUAAAAUUCAUUGAUUUUUUGAAUUCUCAGAAUCGGCUACGAAUGAACAGUAGUUCAAAAAAGCUCCUUCUUGAAAUUCCUCAACCUUUUUUUUUAUUUCUUGCUCUAAUAUUCGAUCAUUGAUAUACAAAAAAUUCAUUUUACAGAAAUUGUCUUGUAAAAUCAAAGAAGCUAAUGGGGGAUCUACGAUUUUUCAAAGCAAAAAAUCCUCCUUUUGGUUUUUUUAAUAUUUUUGGAUCCUUGCUUUAGAAACAUUAUUUGUUAUAUCGAAUCGAGAUAAUUGUCCUCAAGACAUACUUUGAUAUAGCUAAACACCGCCUUAAAUGAAAUAAUUUUCGAAAAAGCUUCUCUCAACCAAAAUCAGUGUUUUCUUCAAGUUUAACAAUUCCUUCAUCGAACACCACUCUCCAAUCAAUAAAUAGUCCAAGACCAAGAAAUCUUUUGCCAAUUUUUUUGCGCGGAAGCUGAAGGAGAAGAGAGAUUUCGCUUCAAGUGCCGCUCCCUUCGUUUGCGCAAACUGUAGUAGUAGAACGCCCACACAUACGCGUCGCCUUUUUUUUCUUCAUGUUAGCUUUUACCGACCCACGGGGGAAGACGCUUUUUCUCCGUCAUCAUUGCUCUCUUCUGCAUCAAGAAGCAGAAAGAUACAGUGUAGUUUGGAAGAGCAUUAAAAAAAAGGAAUUAUUGCAAAAUAGAUGCUAUAUCGAUAAACAGCCGUUCAAAAAUUUUCCAUUAUACGCUUAAAAAAGUUUUUUUUAAUUGUAGAUCUGCUUUGAUUUGAAAUUUUUCUCAAACUUUGUUUUCAUAAAUUUUAAAAGUUUUAAAAACUUGAUUUUUUCCUAUAUUCUAUGUAGCUUGUAAAGAUAAAGAAUAAAAAAAAAUAUUCUCCCAUCGACUUUCAGAAGAUUCGAUUCUCACUGAUAAACCCAAACUUUUCCUCCCAAAAAAACACCCCAAAAGCCCAAAAAACCCGUCAAACGGCGAGUUGUUUGACCGACACGAAUAAGAAGCAGAAAAUUGUUUGCCAAUGGCAUUUAUUUUCUUCGGUCGGCACGCCCGGAAGAAAAAAAACGACAUGAAUUUGUUUCCAUUUGUCUAUCUUUUCGUCAAAAUGUCAAUUUCGGAAGUAGAUAGGGACAUAUAACAGGAAGGAAAGGUUGCGUGUGACUGGAAAAACCAUUCCAAAUUCAUGGAAUUCAUUCGGCUUUCCCUUCCCCCACAGAGCCUGUAAACAUCUUUUCCUUCCUUCUGAGCAAAGCUUUUCUCUGUUUUCGGCCUUUUACUGAACUUUCUUUCAUAAAAAUGUUUCUUUAUCAAAUAAAGUACUAAAAACUUGAACCCCAAUUUUUUUCGAUAUGAUGGUCCAAAAAAAACGUAUAGAAGGAUCUGUACUAUUUUUCUGAAGCAAAAUAUGAAAUUUUUGCGAUUUUUUUAUCAAAAAAAGUGCCGCAUUCAAAUGGGCCUAUUCUUUAAAUCUAGAUCUGAAAAACCCUCUUUUUUUGAUUAUUUCUUCUACGAAAAAAACUUAAUUUAUGUGGUUAGACUAUUUUGGAAAAGAAACGCCAAAGAUGUAUAAGAUUCUGAUUUUACGACUAAUUCCAAAAAAAAGUUGCAUUAGGAGGACUAACUCUUCGAUUUCUGAAGAAUCUAAAAAUAGAAAGUAAAAAAUUAUUUCUUUUCCCUUAUAAAGAAAAAUGAAUAACCUUUCGGCAGCCUCAAAAAGUCUCAAAAUUCCAAAAGCUUAAUUUUUGCUCUAUAAAGUCCAAAUUAGGUGAAAACCAAGCUACAAAAGUGCGCUUUUCAGCGUUCCGGAGGCCGAUCUCCUUCACGCGACCCCCUGCACAACGACUCGAUGAUCGGCACGUUGAACAGCGAGUACAGCAGCAAACAUGGCGUCAAUACCAUCCCGAAGGGAGAUUGCGCCCAUUGCGGCAAGCCCAUCAUUGGACAGGUUCGCCUAUUCUUUUCAAUACGUUAAAAAGUUGAAAAGAUAGGAAAUAUAUGUAGUGAAAGGUGGAAAAAAAUAGCUUACAUAUUUUUAAGAAGCCCAAGAUAGAACUGUUCACUAGGGAUUUUUAAAGAAGAUCGCCAAAAUUCAAAAAAGAGCUGGAAAAAUGGCCGUUCCAAGUUCACCUUUUCCGCCUUAGAAGAGUCAAAAAGAUCCAAUUUUCAAGAAAACAUUAUAUGUUUUGUUCCAAAGAGUCCAAGUUAGGCAAGCAAGACAAGAAUAAACAGUUUUCCAUUUUCAGGUUGUGAUAGCCCUGGGAAAAAUGUGGCAUCCUGAGCACUACACGUGCUGCGAAUGCGGCGCUGAGCUUGGCCAUCGGAACUUCUUUGAGAGGUAUUUUUUUCUAAUAGUUAUCCAAUUUCAUCAGAUUCAUGUCUGACAAGUAGUUACCCUUUUCUGAGAUUUCGACUAAUCAAGACUUUAGAAACAACUUUACAAAACUCUAAAUAUUUCUUCGAUAUUUCCGGCUUCAUUUUCGUCUCAUAGUUCAUCUCAUACACUAACUAGGGAAUGUUAUCAGUUCACAGUGGGACUUCGAAAUGAGACUAGGCUUACUAGAUGUAGUUUUUUACGCUGAUAUCGAAUCUGUGUUCAAAAAACUGCUCUCGAGGCCUGGAAAAUAAGAAAAACUGCCGAGAUGGAAGCGAGGUCGCUGGCGGUACAUUAAAUACCCUGCUUUAGAGCCGCUCCGGUCUUGCCUUUCACUUGACAACUUUUUUUGAGUGCAUGAUGAAAACCAAGACACCCCUAAAAAAAAAUGCGGAAAUGUCCGCAAGCUCAGGAAUGUGCCACCACUGAACUCGCAUUUCUCUCGCAAAUGAUUAGGAAGUUAUCUUCAGGGUAGUUUAAGAGCUUUUUCUUCAAAAACCUUAAGAAAUAACUAAACGAAUUUCCAGAAACGGCCGAGCCUACUGCGAAGAAGACUACCACAACCAGUUCAGCCCCAGAUGCGCAGGUUGCAGUGGACCCAUCAAGGAUGUUAGUUUAUAACUAGAAUUUAUAUAUUUGUUGCUCCAUCGUCUCAUACUUACCAAACUACCACAUAUUUUGAAAAUUCCUCCAGCUCUCCUCAAACAGUCAAAACAUAAAGCUUGAAUUAUGUAUAUUUAUUGAAGAAUAAUUAUUUUGAAAAGAAGCCUUUUUUCAUGUGAAGCGAUCUAGAGGUUUUCCUUGCCUUUUACUCGAAGAUUGUAUUUUUCUGAACUCCCCGCUUUUUUCUAAACUUUUUCGUUUUCCGUUAAAUUUCAUGCUUUUAUAGCUGAAAUUUCUUAGAUAUCAGUAUCAGAUUACAGCUUAUUAAGACUUUAUGCUUUCCUUCUUUGUUUAAAAAAUAAAAUAUCACAUGUUGCAGCGUUGCGUGACGGCGCUCAACAAGAACUUCCACCUCCAGUGCUUCACUUGCUCAGAAUGCGGUCGCGAAUUCGGCGAGGACGGCUUCCACGAGAAGGUUUGUUCUCCUACAAUCAAUAUACUUGAUUGAAAAACUUUGACUCUUUUCAAAUAAAUCAAACUUUUAUCAACCUUUAUCUCACUCACACGAAAAUCAACUUCAAAACGACUAGAACCCCUCAAAAUAUUUCUUAUCCUGAUAAAGUUUCAAUUCCAGAACGGCCAGACCUACUGCAAACGCGACUUCUUCCGACUUUUCGCGCCGAAGUGUAACGGCUGCAGUCAACCCAUCACGCAGAACUUUAUCACCGCCUUGGGAACCCAUUGGCAUCCGGAUUGCUUCGUUUGUCAGGUACCCAUUCUAUUUGAUAGGAAACUCAAGAACCAUGUUCAAGAAAGUUUACAGCUCGAAAUUUUCAAUUAUCUGUUCAAAUUUCAUUUCAAAGCUGUAAAUUUUAAAAGUUCAUGACAUAAAAUUUCAACAAGAAAAUUAGUUUCAUUUUCUUUGACAUCAAAAAAAAAAUUAAAGAAACCAUCAAGCGACGAGUGUGCGGUACGUUGUUUCCCGUCAAAGUUUUUAUAUUUUUCAAAGUGUUGUGCUUGUAUUUCGUACCAAAAAAUUGACCCGAUAUCGUGUCCCAUUUGUCCAAAAAUCUUGAAAAGCUUGUGUUUUUUGUGGUUUUUUCGAUGGCCGAUUUGCCGUGCAACCAAUUUUUAAUAUUAGUCGUUUUUUUUUUGUCAUAAUAGAAGCCCCAUAGAUAGAUUGGAAGGAGAACUCAUCCGAGAAUCAAUCGAUGAAAAUAUUUUUGAAAGGUUCUUGAAACUUUCCAAAUGUCUUGGAUGAGAUCUCAAUUCCUUUUAACAGGGUAUAUGUCACAAUGGGAUGAAGAAAAAUAGCCUGAAUUGAGUGAAGACAUAUAAAAUAAAACAUUUAUUCUGAGUUUUUUUCGAUUUAAAAAAAAUUUUAAGCGAGCCAUUAAAUUGAAUGUCUGCUCCAGUACGUCUAUGAUCAGUUUUUCGAUCUAAUUUUUAGAUUUUUUUAAACUAAUAAUCUUAAAAAAACUGGAUCCGUUCCAAAAUUACUUUUUCACUUAAAAAAAUAUGUUUGCUCGCCAAACGCUGUCAAAUUUAUCCCUAAUUUAAGUCACCUAAAACACUUUUCUUGUGAACCUAUUUGAAUUUGAUUUGAAUCAAAAAGUAUUUCCAAUCGCUGGUUCGGAUACCGGUUAGGAAGUAAAGGCAAAUCCAAAAAAAAAACAGUCUAAAAGUUCUCAAUCACGGCUAUUCCCCUCCCACCAUCGUGUCAUAUUACCGUCUAACCAUCGCCAAAAGCGGCAAGACCAGGCUCCCCACCCAAAAAGUUGCAGUCUUGCGGCGUUCCGUUCAACGGCGGCAGCUUUUUCGAGCACAACGGCGUGCCCUUGUGCGAGAAGCACUACCACGAGUCGCGCGGAAGCCUCUGCGCCCAGUGUCGCGCGCCGAUCAACGGUCGCUGCGUCGCUGCGAUGGGUCGCAAGUUCCAUCCGGAGCACUUCCGCUGCUCCUACUGCAAUCAUCAGCUCACCAAGGGCACCUUCAAGGAGGUCGACCGUCGGCCCUUCUGCCACAAGUGCUACAACAACACCUACGCUCUGACGCCUGCCUAA